AAUCUGGCAGCAUCUCCCGGUCGCUGCAGCCAGCAAACCCCGGUGUUCUCCAUCAGAAGAGGUCCCAUGGGUCCCGAGGUCGCCUGCCCGUGGAGGUGCCACCCGCCUCACUUCCAGGUGAGGACCUGGAUCGAGCCCGUGGUAGCCUCGUCCCAGGUGGCCAGCUCCUUCUACGACGCGGGAUUACUCCUGGUGGUGAAAGCGUCCUUCGCAGCCGGGGGCUCCUCCAACCACAGCACCAGCCCGUCGCCUCAGGGGGAUCCAGAGGACCAACAGCAGAAGGCCAUCUCCAAUUUCUACAUCAUCUACAACCUCGUCGUGGGCCUGACGCCCCUGCUGUCCGCCUAUGGGCUGGGCUGGCUCAGCGACCGCUACCACCGCAAGAUCUCCAUCUGCGUGUCGCUGCUGGGCUUCCUGCUCUCCCGCCUCACACUGCUGCUCAAGGUGCUGCUGGACUGGCCGGUGGCYGUGUUGUACGCGGGUGCAGCGCUCAACGGGCUGGGCGGCGGCUUCUCCGCUUUCUGGUCCGGGGUCAUGGCGCUGGGAUCUCUGGGCUCCUCUGAAGGCCGCCGCUCCCUGCGCCUCAUUGUUAUCGACUUGGUCUUGGGCUUGGCGGGGUUCUGCGGGAGCAUGGCCUCGGGUCAUCUCUUCAAGCAGAUAAUUGGGCACUCUAGGCAGGGCCUGGUGCUGACAGCCUGUAGCGUAGGCUGUGCCACUUUUGCUCUUUUCUAUAGCCUCUUGGUGCUCAAGGUCCCUGAACCCAUAGCCAAGGCCAACAAGAAGCUCCCUGCAGUGGAUACGGAGUCUGGCAUAGUGGGCACCUACCGCACCCUGGAUCCUGAUCGGCCAGAAAAGCAAAAUGUAGUGGUGCACACUCCACCUCCUGGAAAAGGCAGACCCAAAAGAACCAUCAUUGUCCUGCUCUUUGUGGGUGCCAUCAUCUAUGACUUGGCUGUGGUGGGCACCGUGGACAUGAUGCCUCUUUUUGUGCUGAGGGAGCCUCUCAGUUGGAACCAAGUGCAGGUGGGCUAUGGUAUGGCUUCUGGGUACAUCAUCUUCAUCACCAGCUUUCUGGGCGUCCUGGUCUUCUCCCGCUGCUUCCAGGACACCACCAUGAUCAUGAUUGGGAUGGUCUCCUUCGGGUCAGGAGCCCUCCUCUUGGCCUUUGUGAAAGAGACAUACAUGUUCUAUGUUGCCCGUGCCGUCAUGCUGUUCGCCCUCAUCCCCAUCACGACCAUCCGUUCAGCCAUGUCCAAACUCAUCAAAGGCUCCUCUUACGGAAAGGUGUUCGUCAUACUGCAGCUGUCCCUGGCUCUGACCGGGGUGGUGACAUCCACCGUGUAUAACAACCUCUAUCAGCUUACCAUGGACAAGUUCCUGGGCACCUGCUUUGUUCUCUCCUCCUUCCUCUCCUUCCUGGCCAUUGUCCCGAUUGGCAUCGUGGCCUAUAAACAAGUCCCAUGGUUGCAAUAUGGAGACACGACCGAGAAAUGAAGGCAC